UAGCAUCUCCCUUCUCUUUCAAAACAAAAAAAAUCUUCUAGCUCCUCCUCAGUCCGUACUCUUUGAGCUGAGUUUAAUAACCCCCUCCGCGAGCUCCUCCUCGGCAUGGGCGUAUCGCGCCAACGCCAUCAUCACCACCACCACCAUACCGCCGUUGCCUUCACCUUUCUCUUAUUCGCUUUUGCUUCAGUUAUCACUCUUUCUCAACUCGGCAGCGGGUUCCAGGAGAGAGAGGGGAGUAAGAAGAGAAGUGGGUCAGAGGUGUUGGACCGGUUCUUGGCUCAGAAACGACUCAGUGGUCCUGGUUCUUCACCACCUUCUUGUAUAUCCAAGUGUGGAAGUUGCUCACCUUGUAAACCGGUUCACGUCCCGAUUCAUCCAGGGUUUAGUAUGCCACUUGAGUACUACCCUGAAGCUUGGCGUUGCAAGUGUGGCAACAAGCUUUUCAUGCCGUGAAAAAAUAGUAAUAAUAAUAACAAAGCAAAUAGUACACUAAAAUUCUAAGACCUUUUUCAAAAAAAGAAGAAAAAAAUUUGUUUCAGUACUUUCAUUCUAUUAUUGCUAUUUUGGUAACUUGCACUGUUUGUUCUUUCAUCUUUCUCUCAUCUUUUUAUUUUAUUUUUAUUU